AUGCGUGACCCAACCAACACCGUCUGGGUUGGCAGCUACGACCCGGCCUUCCACUCGCGUAGCAUGCUAUGCCGCGCAUUUUGGCCUUUCGGUCGCGUCAUGGAAAUCUCGAUUCACGAUGGCAAGUCGUACGCCUUUGUGCACCUGCGGCGCACCGAGGAGGCCAAGGCUGCGGUCGAUGCUCUCAUGGAGAGUCGCGAGUUGGGUGCCGCGAUCUUCAACUACAGCAAGAUGCACGACUACACGGAGGAAGAGAUGAGCCUACCGCAUGACCCCAAUAUUGUGGAGGAGCCGCCUGUCACAGAUCCCGCGCCGGCACCAGCGCCUGGUACCCGGCGUCAGCGUGACUACGACGGCAGCCGCGACCCCUGUGACGAGCGUGGCGCGCGCGAGGCGGAGUGCGUCCGCGAUGCCCCGGCGCCCCCGCAGCGCCGUGCGCGGCACGAGCGGGAAGCCAAAGAGCCGUCCAACGUCUUGUGGGUUGGCAACCUCGUUCCGUACAUAACAAAUGAGAAGCUGACCGAGGUGUUCGAGGUGUUUGGCCCCAUCUCGAGCGUCUCCCGUCUCGGUCGCUCCAACAUGGCCUUUUUGCACUACGAAACGGUCGAACAGUGCACAAUGGCCAUCGAAACAAUGAAGGGUAGGCCGAUUGAGGGGGUUAUGCUGAGCUUGAACUAUGGCCACGACGCCCAGCAUGCGAACGACGUGGCUGGUGGCAGCGGCACCGGCGCAGAGGGACCGGCAGGGAGUGGCGGUCACAACUACAGCAACGUUCCCCUCACCGCCGACGGUAUUCCUGUCAACGAAACACCAACGAACAUCAUUUACCUCGGCCAUCUCCCCGCCGAUGCGGAGGCCAAGGAUGUCGAAGAUUUAUUCACGCCAUACGACGGUUUCAUCUUCAGCAAGUUUGUCGGUACCAGUGGGAUCGGCUUUGGCCACUUCGACACAAUCGAGUCCUCUCGGCUGGCGCGUGCAGGGUUGUCCAACGCGAUGAUCAAGGGGACACCGAUCCGUGUGAGCUUCGGCAAGCAGAAUCACACGUAUACCAUGGCUGAUCGGCGCCGCAUCGGUGAGCCAGCCAUGAGCAAUGGCGGCGGUGAGUUCAACUUGGACGCUAUGAUGCGCGGCCCCGGCGUGCAGUUGGACGGCACCACCGGCGCUCUUGUGGCUGGCGGCUACGGCGGUGGGACGUUGGUUCUGCCGGCCAUGGGCGGCGGCGCUGCCGGUGGCGGCAUUGGUGGUACAGAGAGCAAUGUGUAUGCCCGCAAGCGCGAGGCGCCGGAGAUGACCUUGGAGAACCGCCUUCAGUCAUUGUUGGGCAGCACGUACAACAGCUGUGGCGCCAGAGGCCUCGAGAUCAGUCCGAGCCAGAUUCAGGCAGUGUGUCAGCUCGUGGACAACUGCGUCAGCGAGUCCGCGUGCGAGACGCUCCGGCAGGCGCUCACGCUCUAUUCCCCGCUGCGCGCUGUCCACAUCUUUAACGUGGUGGCGAAGCGCAUGAGAGAGUUCUCUGAUGACCCACACAAGCGCCUCUUCGUGCUGUACGCCGUGACGCACGUGCUACUUGGCGUGUCCACCGAAUAUGUUCCCUUCACUGAGGCAGCGCUCAACGCCUACCUGAUGGUGCUGCUGGUGGCGAGUGAGGGGCAGACAAGUAGCGGCAUGGAUCGCCUGACGUUCAUCAUCGAAAGUUUUCAGCAGCAUCCCUUUGUCGAGAAGAAGUCCAACGCAGGCAAGGAGUACGAGGAGCAGUUUCGGGCACAGCUGGACGAGAUCACCAAUCGUGCGAAGGCCGAGCAGGAUCUGCGCUUGCUGGCGACGCGCCGCCGCCGCCGCAACUAA